UAAAUAUAUUUUAAGCCACCCAAAAUGUGAAUUUUAUUAUUGUAAGCGAGUGAUCUAACAUGGCUACAUGCUAGUAACAAACUUUUCUUUAUUGUUUGCCAACGGUAUUUAAAAGAUUUAGUAGUGGUGUUUGGUAUCUAUAUCGAGCGAUAUUUUCCUGAAUAGAAGUGGCACGAUCUAUUAUUGAACAAGAUCCGAUUUUUUGUAAUCUCGUUAAAUUCUACGCCGGUUGAAGCAAAAUGCUACAAGAACAUCACCAUCUACCACAGAAUGGCAUGCAAAGGAAUGCUAGAAUGAGUAUGCAACAAAUGGGGCCCCCACCAAAUCAGAGAUCACAACCCAUGUUGAUGAGCAUUCAACAGCCUGUACCUGCUCCUCACACUGGUGUUCUUGUAUCAAUGCCGCAAGGACCUACUUUAAUAACUACCACCUCUAUUCCACAACCAACUCAGAAAGCACCUGCUGGAAUUCAACAAGUUUACCAUUACGAAAAUGGAAUCCAGUCGGAAGUUAUUGAGCAACAGCCUCAACAUAAUGAGGCACAACCUCAGAGCUCCCCAAACACUAAUACUUCUUCUGGGCCCGGUACUAAUUUGGCAAACAUAAAAGAAAAAACACCGAUGUGCUUGGUCAAUGAACUGGCCCGUUACAAUAAAAUACAACAUCAGUACCGACUGACAGGUGAACAAGGACCUGCUCAUAAAAAAACUUUCACCGUAACCUUGAAACUUGGAAAUGAGGAGUAUGAGGCAGAAGGGCCAAGUAUCAAAAAAGCGCAACAUUCGGCUGCAGCUCAGGCCUUACUAAAAACAGAAUUCAAACAUCCCCCACCAAAAACAAACAGAAAUAGUCGUGUAGGUUUCAGGACGAGUAAUCAGGAUGUUAUGACACCAACAGUUGAAUUAAACGCUUUAGCGAUGAAGAGAGGUGAACGUCCCGUUUAUAUUAUCGAAAAUGGCACUGCGCCCACUCCAUACCUCCCCCAACCAAAUUAUUAUCCACGCCAUAAUAUGUACACUUCCCCACAAACUCGUUACGGUUUCGAUGGAAGACGACCUGUUCGAGGUCAUUAUCCAUCAUACCAUGAUGGACGUUAUUAUGGUCAGUACCGUGCUGCAAUUGCUGCUGCGGCUAAUCCAGCAGCUGGGGGUAACCAAAGCCAUGAUCCAUAUACAGUGAGAUUGCAUGUUGGUGAAAGAGAAUAUCCAGGGGUUGGUUACUCGGUGCAGGCAGCACGGCAUGAUGCAGCUGCUAAAGCGAUCAAGGAUAUCAAAUCGAUGGGGGCUGAGCCUGCUGAUCACAACAACACUCUUGAAACGAUCACACCUGAAGCUGCUGUACCACCAGACAUAAAUACUGAAUUGAAGUCUCCCAUUUCAUUGGUGCACGAGAUCGCCCUUAAACGAAACUUGAAUGUUACGUUUGAAGUUUUGAGUGAAAAGGGCCCCCCACAUAUGAAAGUUUUCGUAACAAGAUGUCAUGUCGGUACUUUUGUCGCUGAAGGAGAAGGAAAUGGGAAGAAAAUUUCAAAGAAGAGGGCUGCUGAAAAAAUGCUUGAAGAACUGAUGAAAUUACCACCCUUGCCACAAAUGUUCAAUAAUAUCAUGAAAAUGAAACGCAAACGAAUGACUAACAAGAAGAAAACUAGGAAUUUAAUCAAAAUGAAUGUCGAUAAAACAACUGAAACUGUGGAGGAAAUAAAUCCCAUAUCUCGUCUCAUCCAGAUUCAGCAAGCUAACAAAGAACGUGAACCAAUUUACACUGUUUUAGAAGAACGUGGUGCGGCACGGCGAAGGGAAUUUGUUAUUGAAGCUUCUGUCAAUGGCCAUUCUUGUACUGGGGUUGGUCCCAACAAAAAAGUUGCUAAGAGGAAUGCCGCAGAAGCGCUUUUGGUAGCUUUGGGUUAUACUUCUGUUAAUUCAAAGCCACCCAAAGUAGACAAGGAUGAAUCUGAUAAAGCACGCAAAGUAACUUUUAUGGAAGAAAAAUCUGAAGCUUCCCAAGUGCAAGUUGGCGGUAGUGGGGGUCGCCAAUUGGUCCCUGGUUUACUCCUGGUAGGUUCUCAAGGGGAACAGUUCCAGCAGAAAAAAGAUAAUAUUCACAGUACUGAACAAAAAAGAAAUAUACCACCUCCAACUACACAGGGUGUGGUUCGAUCCAAAGAUCAACUGCUGUAUCUUGCCCAGCUGAUGAAUAUUCAGGUUCAAUUUUCUGAUUUUCCAAAAGCCAAUCAUGAAAUGUAUUUGACUCUAGUUUCUUUGAGCACAACCCCUCCUCAAGUUUGUCACGGUGAAGGCCCAACAACUGAGGCUUCACAUGAAAAGGCAGCAUUGGAAGCAUUGAAGGUGCUCUCCGAACUUGGCUUAGAUAUUGUCAAUCCUACCAAAGAUAAUGCUGAAAGCGGUAAAGGGGCCAUAAAUCAAAACACAGUAAAAAAAUAAUUGCUUUCAUCAGUUAAAACUUGUUUUUUCAUUCCACUCCACAUUUUCAUUUCGACUUGAUGAGAUUCUCAAAAUCCAUGUUGCCAUGUGAAGUUUCUUGAAAUCAUACUGAGAAUUAUUAUCACUCUGUGGUUAUUUUAUGUGACUUCAUUUGAAUGAUGUUAUAUGAAAUAUUGUGACAGUAAUUCUAGUUGUUGCUUGUAUUAUUUUUUUAUUAAUAUUUUUUUAUUAGUGCUGCCCAUUCUCGUUUUCGUGGGCUGGAAACGAUUUAGGGAAAACAAGGUAGUUCAGAAUUAGCUAUAAUGCUCAACAUCAUAUUUCAAAUUUAUGAUGUUUUUUUUUUUGGGUGCAGCACAAAAAAACAAACCAUUGUCACUUAAUUUCACAGAGAUUUUACUCCUAAUUCUGCACUUCUGGUCAUUUUGUUACACUUAAAAACACCUGUUGACACAGAAGUGUUGAUUUGCAUGUACUCUUAUGCUUGUAUAAUUUUUUAUGCUGUAUGCCCAUAAAUGUAUAUCAAGUAGUAUUUAUUAUAUUGUCCUAAUUCUGAUCUGCAAAUAUUGUUUUUCAUGUGUUUGUUCGGUAUAUUGAUUUCAUAUGCAAAGGAACCCAAAUACUUCUUUUUAUCGAUUUGAAUAACAAGUUUAUAACAUAAUUAUCAGCAUUUAGAAUAAAUCUUCAAUUUGACUGUAUUCUCCAAUUACAGUUCAGUGAAUUGAACUGAAAAAUAAUUAUUUCUACCAAAAUGAACUUGUGACCUCUUAAUUUAACAUUUUGAAUAUAUAUUUUAGAUUUGGAACCAUAUUUGUAUUUUCACGUAUUGAUAUAUUUUAGCGUUUAUUAUUUUCUUUUCUAAUUUAUUUAUCCAGUUGGUUCACAUUCAUUGAAUUGUUCAAAGUGACCAUCUCAGUCCCAUUCACUAAUCAUUUUAGACUAUUGAAUUGGUGUCCAUCAUAAGAAAUACACUGAAUAUUUGGAAUUUAGAUUUUUGUGCUAUGUAUAUAAAUGGUAGUUUGUCCAUAAUUUAUUUUGGAUAAACUAUAUAUUGAACUUGAAUUUUAUUUAUUUAAUAAUAUAUACCGUGAGGAAAUAUUUCGGUUUAGUCCUGUAGUAAUUAUGAUAAAUUUUGUGAACAACCUGAUUAUUUUGAUGUAUAUAAAGAUAACUGUACUUUACAAAUAUUUCAGAAUUAUAAUCGAUAUUUGAAUGUAUAUCUUUGCGUUUUUCAAAGUUGAAAUCAAUAAACAACCACGAAUA